AUGGCUGCAUCUAGUCACAUAUCCUUAAGUAUACGUGUUAAUAUGUUUUUUCGUCUGCUGGUUGUCGGAGUUGUAUUCGACGCAUUGUUGUUUGAAGAUAUCAACCUACUAUAUGUAGUACAACUGCAUAAUAAUGGCCGCUAUGUAACUGGCCGUUUGGUGGGGCUACUCUAUAGGCCUGCAGUGCGCUAUGCAAAUGGCCCACGAUAUAAAUUCGACCAUUUCCGCUUCCAUUGGCGGUAUAAUGGCGCUCCAUCAUCGGAGAACGCCUUUAACGGCCUGCGCUAUGAUUGUGAAUUGCAUUAUGUGUUCAUCAACGACAUCUAUGUGGACUUCAAUGAGGCCUGUAAUCAUCCUGAUGGGCUGUUAAUAAUUAGUGUUAUAUGCUUUAUAGACAUGCAGGAUCUAUUGUUACCAGAUUUUAGUCAUGCGUACUUUAAAUAUAGGGGUUCUUUGACAACACCACCAUGCGCGGAUGCGGACAUUAUUCUUUUGAAACUUGGCAAACGUAUUCGUAGAUUUGAGUAUGAUUUGUUUCUACCUUUGCGGGAUGAAACUUGGAGUUACAUGGAACAGGACAAAUGGACAGAUAAAUUUCCCAUAUGCGGUUCUGUGCAGCGGCAAUCGCCUAUUGCUUUUAAUACAAAUGAGGCCUUGCUAAAAAUUACACCACCCAUGAAAUAUUCCCAAUAUGAUGUACAGUAUUACGCUAGCAUAAACAAUAAUGGUCAUGGCAUCGAUAUUCGUUUUCAGGAUUCAACAGAUAAACCCACAAUUAGUGGUGGCCCCUUACCUCCCGAUGGAAUAUUUCAAUUCGAUAAUGUUCAUUUUCAUUGGGGUUCUGAUGAUGGUCAAGGUUCCGAACAUUUGAUCAACAAUAAGCACUACUCGGCUGAGAUACAUGCUGUGCACUAUAAUACCAAAUAUAAGGAUUUACCUGAAGCUACACAAUUUCCAGAUGGCAUUGCUGUUGUAACCGCAUUCUACCGAACAAAUUCUUCAGCGGACUUUAGGGGUUUACAAAAUAUAAGCAGUACAGUACCACCGCUACCUAAAUCUUUGUAUAGAAUUAAAAAUUUUAAAUUGGCGGAUUUAUUUGAUGGUUUGACGUCGGCGAACAAAGGUUCAUUUUAUAGUUAUGUUGGAUCGCUGACCACUCCGCCAUGUUCGGAAGUGGUUACGUGGAUUAUUUACAGCAAACCCCUUGAUGUUAAUCCCAAGCAAUUGGAACAAUUCCGUUAUAUUCGUGAUACACAUGGCAACCUGUUGGUGAAUAAUUAUCGUCGAUUGCAAACGACAAAUGGUCGUAAAGUUUAUUUUGUGCAAUAUUGA